UCCAUACCAGUAGGUGGCGGUAAUGCACACCAUUAAGUUGCUUGCCAACCGCCAUUAAAAACAAAAAGAAGAAGAAAAAGAAAGAAGGAGAUCAGAUCCCAGGCUGAUGAUUCCUACAGAGGAGAGAAACUUCUAGAGAGUGACGUACAGAGCACCACUGACUGGUUUUGCUUUAAAGUAGGAAUCCUCAGCGUUGGCGUCCAUGUUGGCGCCGCCAUGGUUCUGUGGCAGAUCCACACCCUGGACCACCUGGACGCGUCUGGCUUCGGCCGUCCUUUUCCUCACCACGGCCUCCAGCUGCUGUUUUGGUUCUCCAACCACUGCGUGACCUUUGAACUGGACAACUCUGGGGACGUCAUGAAGCUGGUGUCGGGGUGUCAGCCGGAGAACGGGGCUUACGGCUUCCACAGGUUUGGGAACAUGGAGGAACUUCUGCCUGUUCUCCACAAACACAAGAAGAACAAGAGCAACAGGCAGCUGCUUUACUUCGUGGUCGGGAACCUGAGCACCCGGUCCUACCCGCGGUCCGCCGACCUGCCGGCGUUCGUCCGGGAGAACCUCGGGGCGGACGGCGUCUCCAACAGCGACCGCAUCAUCAUCAGUUACCAGGUGAACACCCGGCUGGUGGACAAGGUCUACGUCGCAGAACACGACGACGCUGACGCUGGACAGUUCCGAUCCGACGGAACUCAUGAGGUCAGCUCACGACUGAUCCGACUUCUGCAGAACCCACAGCUGGACCUCAGCUCCCUCCUCACUCAGAUGGGUUACUAUGACGACGUAGAGAUGCUCCAGGACGCGCAGGACCCUUCGGUCCAGAUGAUGCUGAGCAUGAUGCAGAACGAUCCGACCGGGUUCUUCUCCCAGGCCUUCAGUCGCCAGCUGGACCUGGACCGGUUCUGCUCCAGCACGAACCCAGACUGCAGCGGGAGCCUGGUGUGUUACACCACCCUGCAGAAGAAGAAGAAGAAGAAGAAGAAGAAAAGCAGCAAGAAACCGAAACCUCUGAGGGAACUUUCCUGGCGCUCCAGCUGGUCGGAUCCGUACCGAGAUUAUUAUGAAGAUUACUGGAUAAGAUCCAGUUAUGGAUCUGGGUAUGGAUCCGGUUAUGGAUCCAGUUAUGGAUCCGGUUAUGGAUCUAGAGGCAGCUAUGGUAAAGGUGGUGGAGGCGGAUUUUCCUGGUUCCUGAAACUCGUCCUGAAAACCGGAGCGCUCUACCUGGCAGCCAGAUGUUUGUUCUGGUUAGUCAGGAACAUCUGGAGCUCUAACUGGGAUGAUGAGCUCCUCCAGCGGAUUCCAGGCUGGACUUCUCUGUAUCCCAGUCAUCCCAGUUAUCCCAGGUUUCCACGCACUCACAUAAUGCUGGACUAUGUUUACUAGACUUGUCAGGACUUUGACUAGGACUAAUUCUGAGUUCCUGCUUCCAAUGAUGCUGGUUGGAGAUUCAAGCUGAAGACUCAGGAUGAGGAUUUUAAUGAUUCUAAAGUGUUUUUAUGGUUUAAUUAAGAAUUUUUUUUUUUGUAUCAUAUACUGAAAAUACCAAAUGUCUGAAACUAAAAUGUUUUUGUAAUUUUUUGUUAUUAAAAAACUCCAAGCCCUCAGUGAGGGACAUGAAAGGAACAAGUCACUCUACCUUGAAAAGGGAACAGGUUCAAUUUUUAAUUAAAUGCCUUUAACAUUUUUUAGUGUUUGAAGUGAAACAAAUGACCAAUAAUCACCAAUAUUUGCACUGAAGAUUUGCUUUCAGUUUCUACGUUUCUCAUAUUUGUCAGUGAUGAAUGAAAUUUGUGCAGAACUGAGACUGAAUUUAUGAAUAAAAGUAUUUUUUGUGGGA